GUUGAAUGGUCAGUUAAUGCCGUCGGGUCCAGGUUGGAGCGAGCACAAGGAACAAUUUUACAAGUCAGCGUCUGCCUCGUUACACGAUACCACCACGACCUUGCGGCGUCUCUGCAAGUACAGUAGAAACAAAUAGUGGAGCACCCAAUCCUUGUGUUUUGUCUCAAAAAAGGUUCAUCCGGAACAAUAGCAUCCACACCGGCACCUAUCUAGCGUCACCACCUUCUUCUCCACUCCUGAACUGACCGACCCUUAACAUUCUUUCUCGAUAGCUGAGUCGUUCAACUCUUUCCACUCUCUACCAUGGCCGACAUUGGCGAAAUUAUCAAUGAAAAUGCCUCCUCCAGGACGAUCACGCCAGCUGCAGUUGGCUCUCAGGUAGCUUUGAUGACAAUCAUUUCCACCCUUACAAUCGUGAUAUUCAACGUAUUGCGACCUAAGAACAAGGUCAUUUAUGAACCCAAAGUCAAGUAUCACGUUGGUGACAAGCAGCCACCACGAAUAUCUGACUCCCUUUUGGGAUGGCUGCCUCCUCUCAUACGCACGAAGGAACCCGAGCUUGUUGACAAGCUUGGAUUGGAUGCCGUCACCUUUCUCAGAUUCACUCGCAUGACCCGAUCACUUUACUCGGCCAUCGCUUUUAUAUGUUGCGCCAUUCUUAUCCCAAUCAAUGUAUCCUACAAUCUCAAGAACGUCCCUUCGACGGAACGGGAUGUCCUUUCCAUUUUGACCAUCCGGGAUGUGAAGGGUUCUUUCCUCUUUGCACAUGUCGUGGUCUCGUACGUGAUCUCAGCGCUCGUCAUGGUUUUCGUAUGGCGGCACUGGAAAGAGAUGCUUCGUCUUCGGCAGCAAUGGUUCCGCUCUCCCGAAUAUAUGCAAUCCUUUUAUGCGCGGACACUUGCGGUCAUGCAUGUACCCAAGAAAUACCAAUCUGACGAGGGCAUCCAUGCCAUCUUCGCAAGUGUUCAAGUCCCAUACCCUACUACCUCGGUGCACAUUGGUCGUAAAGUCGGACGGCUACCCGAGCUUAUUGAAUACCAUAACACUGCCGUCCGCGAACUCGAGCAGGUUCUCGUGACAUACCUCAAGGGCGGCAAAAUAGCGAAAGAGCGGCCAACAAUUCGGAUAGGUGGAUUCAUGGGCAUGGGCGGUACCAAAAAGGAUGCUAUAGACUUCUAUACCGCAAAGCUGAGACGCACGGAGCAAGCAAUUGAGGAUUACCGUCAGCAGAUUGAUAGCCGAAAAGCAGAGAACUACGGUUUUGCAUCUAUGGCGGCGAUUCCGUAUGCUCACAUUGUUGCUACCUUACUUCGAAAGAAGCACCCGAAAGGUACCGACAUCGCUCUUGCGCCGAACCCCAAAGACAUUAUAUGGGCAAAUUUCAACAAGUCAACUUCCGAGCUCAUCGGCAAUAAAUUCCUCGGUUCUUUGUUCCUGGUGCUAUUUUGUUUCUUCAACACUAUCCCCCUGUUCAUCAUCUCUAUCUUGGCAAACUUGAGCUCGAUAUCUGCCUACGUGGGUUUCCUCUCGACGUGGGCGAUUGCAUCUCCAGGAUCAUUUGCUUUUGUUUCUGGUGUCUCGCCUCCUGCCAUUUCAGCUCUUUUCGGUUUUUUCCUCCCCAUCGUCAUGCGUCGGUUAAGUAAAUUUCAAGGUGCCCUUACUCACAGCCGACUUGACCGUGCUGUCGUUGCACGCUACUUUGCUUUCCUUGUUAUCUCCCAGUUGAUCAUUUUUACACUCAUUGGCGUUGGAUUCAUUGCUGCGGAACAGAUUGUAACGGAGAUCGGUCACCACACCAGUUUCCAGGAUAUUAUCAACAACCUGCAUACCUUGCCGAGUACGAUCAACCAAACGUAUAUAAAUCAGUCGUCGUACUGGUUGACAUACUUCCCACUCCGUGGCUUCUUGGUUCUCUUCGAUCUGGCACAGAUCCUGAAUCUUCUCUGGACGUCGUUUAAGACUCGCGUCUUUGGUCGCACACCCCGUGAUAUUAGAGAGUGGACACAGCCGCCAGAGUUCGAGUAUGCUAUUUACUAUUCGCUCUUCAUGGCAACCGUUGCGUUAGUCUUUGCUCCUCUGGCGCCUUUGGUCGCACUUGCCGGUGCUAUUGUGUUCUGGAUAGGUUCAUGGGUGUAUAAGUAUCAACUUAUGUUUGUCUUCAUCACGAAGGUUGAGUCGGGAGGACGUCUCUGGAACAUGAUUGUUAACCGGUUGCUCAUCUCUGUGAUUCUCAUGCAACUGUUGAUGGCUCUGACCAUCGGCCUCCAAUACGGCUUCAAGUCCUUCAUGUGGCUCACCACCGUCCCUCCAAUCUUGUUCAUCAUCAUCUUCAAGUUUCAGCUUGACCGAACCUUCUACAAGAAUUUCCUGUACUACAUACCUUCGGAAACUGAGCUUCGCGAAGCAAAGGUACACUCGUCAACGUCAGAUGUUUCUGGAAGAGGGUUGGAGAAGCGCUUCGAUCUGUUUACUCCGAUGCUUCAUGCAAGGAUGAUGCCACUCCUUGGGGACGUCUACAAGGGAAAGAUUGGCAGUGACAAGGCCAAGCUGGAUGAAUAUGGUGGUCAGAAAUUGGACGCUCAAGUCAUCGAGGGUGGCCUGAAAAUUGCCGCUAUCGAACAGCGCGAUUUGGAGUAUGAUCCUGCCCUUUACCGGCGCGAUCGAGGCGAACUGGACUGGGAUCAACGGUCCAUUGCGUCGGCUGCAAUCUUUGGCAAUGCUAGAGGCGGUGACAACGCUUCGCUUUACCAUCAGAAGGCCCAUCAAUAUGCGGGUUCAAUUAGUGGAGGUCGUGCAUCACCCGCGCCACCUGCCUUCGACCGUUACCUCGCCCAGGGUCCAUCGCAAUCUCUAAAUGAUAUAGAGCUAGCGCGCAUGAACCAGAGUGUGGAUCAGUUGCCUCUUCUGACAGAUCAUCAAUCAUACGGAUACUUCGAUGCCCGGCAGCAACCGCCGCCGUCUCCACUCCAUGAGUACAACUCUCCGGAUCGGAUGACCCCGCCAUCUAGAUAUGGGUCGCCUGCACCAAUGGCAACGCUGCCUCAAAUGCAGUACCCUCCUCAUCCCGGGAUCCACACAGAAGGCUACAGGGAAGCACCGCUACAUCGCCCUUAUCCUCCCCAACGCCCAAACUCGACCUACUCAGUCGACCCAUCACAAUAUAUGUCUGGACGAAGUGCCUACCAAGGGUGA